CACAUACACACGCACACACACGCAUGUAAUGCCUCGGUGAAAUCUGGACGUAGACGGUGGAGAAAACACGCAUGUGAAUAUUUUAUUUUUGCAUGUCAGGAGAGGAGGAACUAGUCGCCGGGUCCGCGGCUGUUUGUCUUUUCUUAUCGCUUCCCCCCCCAUGUUACUCUAAUUAAUCGGAGGCAUGCGGAAUCGCACCAGGAUUAGGAAUUGCUUCCCAAUAGUGUGCCUGCUGUUGACGUUAUGGACCGAGGUGUCCCAGUCAACCGGCUAUUUCGAGCUGCAGCUGAUCUCCGUAGAGAAUGUAAACGGCGAGUUGGCGGACGGGGAGUGCUGCGACGGCUCCAGGAGCUCCCAGGACCUGCGCUGCACUCGAGACGAGUGCGACACUUACUUCAAAGUGUGCCUGAAGGAGUUCCAGGUGGAGGUCGCCACCAACGGCCAAUGCACGUUUGGAGCUGGAUCUACGCAAGUUCUCGGUGGAAAUAUGUUUUCUUUUACGACCACAAAGAAUAACCAAAAUAAAAUCGACAAUGCUGGCAAGAUUUUGAUCCCCUUCCAGUUUGCGUGGCCGCGGACGUACACGUUGAUUGUAGAGGCCUGGGACUGGGACAACGCCACACGCAGCAAUAAGGAGGAGCUGCUGAUCGAACGCAGCAUUCGCACCGGCAUGCUCAACCCCGGCGACCCCUGGCACAAAAUCCUGCACGACGGGCCGGUGGCUCGCCUCAUGUACCGUAUCCGGGUGCGCUGUGAUGAAAACUACUACGGCAACAAGUGCAAUAAGCUGUGCGUUCCUCGUGACGACUACUUCGGGCACUAUCGCUGUGACCCCUCGGGGGCUCAGGUGUGCCUAGAUGGCUGGAUGGGCCCAGACUGCAGGAUAGCAAUCUGCAGGCAAGGCUGCAACCUGUUACAUGGCAUCUGCACCGUCCCAGGGGAAUGCAGGUGUAACUACGGCUGGCAGGGCCAAUUCUGUGAUGAAUGUGUGCUUUAUCCUGGAUGCAUUCACGGGACCUGCAACCUCCCCUGGCAGUGCAAGUGUGAGACGAACUGGGGUGGCCUGCUGUGCGAUAAAGAUCUGAAUUACUGCGGACGCCACCAGCCUUGCGUUAACGGAGGAACCUGCAUGAACACCGAGCCGGACGAGUACCACUGCGCCUGUCCGCAGGGCUACUCUGGCAAGACCUGCGAGAUAGCCGAACACGCCUGUGUGUCCAAUCCCUGCGCCAACGGCGGUACGUGCCACGAGGUUCCCACAGGGUUUGAGUGCCAGUGUCCGCCAGGCUGGGAGGGUCUGACCUGCGCCAACAAUUUGGACGACUGUGCGUCCAGUCCAUGCGCUCAGGGUGGAACCUGUAUCGACCGGGAGGAUGGCUUCGAGUGUGUGUGCCCCCCACAGUGGGAAGGAAAGACCUGCCAGAUAGAUGCAAAUGAGUGUGCAGAAAUCCCCUGUGAACAUGCUUACUUUUGCAAAAAUUUGAUUGGCGGAUAUCACUGCAUCUGUUUUCCGGGAUGGUUUGGACAAAACUGUGACAUCAAAAUCAGUGGCUGCCAUGGUCAGUGCCAGAAUGGAGCAACAUGCAAGGAAGGCGAGAGGGGUUACCACUGCCAGUGUCCUCCGGGUUUCGUGGGCAACCACUGUGAGAUCCAGAGGAAUAAAUGCGACAGCGGGCCGUGCCAGAACGGCGGCCAGUGCCACACAGUGUUGGACAGCUUCGUGUGUGAAUGCCCACCGGAGUUUGGUGGACAGCUGUGUGAGAUCCCUACCUGGUCCCCCUCAGACGCUUGUGACCCGAAUCCUUGCGAGAACGAGGCCAAGUGUCACAGCAUCUACCAGGACUUCUACUGCGCCUGUCCUGAAGGCUACGAAGGAAAAACCUGCGAGCGGCUCAAAGAGAACUGCCAAACCACCCCAUGUCAAGUGAUUGACAUCUGCACUGUCGCUGUGGCGACCAACGACUCGGCCGGAGUGCGGCACAUCUCCUCCAACGUCUGUGGCCCGCGAGGACGCUGCAUCAGCCAGCCAGUGGGCAACUUCACCUGCGUCUGCGAUCCGGGUUUCAGUGGCAUCUACUGUCACGAGAACAUUAACGACUGCAUCAACAACCCCUGUGGAAACGGAGGGACCUGCAUCGACGGGGUGAACUCCUUUCAGUGCUUCUGUCCUGACGGCUGGGAGGGUCGACUCUGUGACCACAACGUCAACGAGUGCAGACACAACCCCUGUAAGAAUGGCGGGCACUGUGUCGACCUGGUGAACGACUUCUACUGCGAGUGCGCCGACAACUGGAAGGGCAAGACCUGCCAUUCCCGCGAGAGCCAGUGUGACGCAACCACCUGCAGUAAUGGAGGCACCUGCUACGACCACGGGGACGCCUUCCGCUGUGCGUGUCCACCCGGGUGGGGAGGAAACACUUGCAACACAGCCAAGAACAGCACAUGCGCCUCCAGUCCUUGUUCCAACGGUGGAACCUGUGUGGGAGGAGGAGACGCCUUUACCUGCAUCUGCAAAGAGGGCUGGGAAGGCCCCACCUGUGGCCAAAAUACAAACGACUGCAACCCUCAUCCAUGUUACAAUGGCGGUAUCUGUGUGGACGGAGUCAACUGGUUCCGAUGUGAGUGCGCUCCUGGUUUCGCUGGACCAGACUGCAGAAUCAACAUUAAUGAAUGUCAGUCUUCACCCUGUGCCUACGGAGCCACAUGCAUCGACGAGAUCAACGGUUUCCGAUGCAUCUGUCCACUCGGUCGAACAGGAACCCGAUGUCAAGAAUUCAUAGGUAUUGGGAAGACUUGCCACUACGGUGGCCUGCAGUUUCCUCAUGGCAGCCGCUGGGAGGAAGAAUGCAACAACUGCCAUUGCAUCAACGGCAAAGUGGACUGUACAAAGGUGCUGUGUGGUCGUCGUCCCUGCCAGCUCCAGUCAUCGGGCAAGGAGCAGAGACAGCACUCCUGCCCGGCUGGACGGGAGUGCUUAAAGCACAGCUACCUCACCUGCUUCUCCCCCCCUUGCCAUCAGUGGGGGGUUUGCGCCAUGGCUGGACCCCCACUUCCACAAGUAACCACCAAGUGCCAGCCAAACAGCGGGCAUUUGGACAACAGCUGUGUCCGCAUAACACUUGUUUUCAACAGAGACAAAGUACCAGCAGGAACAACAGUGGAGAAUAUUUGCUAUGAGCUGAGGUAUCUUCCUGACAUCCGAAGCUUGGCAAAAGACCACGCCCUUCUCCUGCUCUGUGACCUCUCUCAUUCAACUCAGGAUGCUGUAGAGGUGGCUAUAUCUUUCCAGCCAGAAGAUCUACCAGACCACAGUCUAAUCCAGAAGGUAUCCAGUGCCAUAGAGGGCACCUUGUCGAGGCGGCACAACAGCACUAUAAUGCUAGCAGUCACUGAGGUCAGAGUGGAAACGCAGGUCUCGUCCCCCUCAGUGGAUUACCUGGUGCCUUUACUAUGUGUGGUCUUCUGCUUGCUCUGCCUCUUCUGCAUCAUUGUAUGCGUUUGGUGGACGCGCAAACGGAGAAAAGAACGCGAGAGGAACACACGAUCUGCCACAGAUGAAAACGUGAACAACCAGUGGGAGCCACUCCCGCUUGUCGUGGGACGUCAGCAGCAGCUGAAAGAAAGCAACAGGGAGGCCGAGCAGGAGCGCAAAAAGCUCAUGGGUCCCUCCUAUCGGACGUGUGAUGAGGGGGAGGAGGAGGAGGAGACGGAAGGUGAGCUUGAGCUCGACGAGGAGUGUGGUGGAGCAGAGGCAGGGAAGCAGCCAGGUUAUAAGUACUCUAAGACUGCAGUGCAGUCCAGUGGGGGAGUGAUCUGUACCCUGCACAGCUCCAGUUCACCCCUCAAAGCGCCCCACCGGACCCCAGGCUACAGCCCCAAAGACAACCGCUGGAAAAAUGUCAGUGCCGUCUUGACUGGUCAAAAAGACCUCAGAGACCACUGCGUACAAGAAAUUUAAACAAAGGACUCGCAAUGUGGAAGCGAGAGAAGCUGCAAGGCAGCUGCUAUU